GUCAGAGGUGCCAGAAGUUGCAGAGAGAAACAGCCAGACCAGGAACACCUCCAGGCUGAGAAAACUGCCCAGCAGAAGUCAAGGAUUUCUGGACUGCCGUGAACCUUGAUGGCAGCUUAUCUUUCUGCGACAGGCAGCAUGGCCAAAGCCAGACCAGACAAAGAAUUGAGAAUUCUGCUCAUUGGCAAAACUGGAUCUGGGAAGAGCGCAACAGGAAACACCAUCCUGGGGGCUGAGAAAUUUAAAAGCACAUCCAAUCUUGAUUCAACAACCAAGGCCUGCGAAAGAAGAGAAGCCACUGUAGGUGGCAGGGCAGUUGUUGUUGUUGACACACCUGGGUUCUUUGAUACAGCAUAUAAGAAACGCUUCACACGAGAGGAGCUGAAGAAGUGCAUUUAUAUGGUCUAUCCUGGAGCUCACGCCAUCCUCGUCGUGAUAAAAGCGGGAAAGAUCACAAAGGAGGACCAGGAAAUAUUUCAGGAAGUGAAAAGCCUCUUCAAGGAUGAAGGAAAGAACUAUCUGAUUCUUUUAUUCACCUAUAAAGAUGAGUUAGAUAGGAAUCAUUUAACUAUAAAUGAGUUCAUACGAGGCACUGAGGGGCACCUGAAGGAUCUGAUUGAGAUGUCCGAAGGGCGAUUGAUUGCUUUUAACAAUGUGGCUGAAGAAGAAGAAAAGGAGAGUCAGGUGAAGGAGCUCAUUGAGAUGAUUGAUGGCUUGGUGGCACUCAAUGGCAGAACACCAAUGUACACCGAAGAACAAUUCAGAAAGGACAGCUCUAGCUCCUGCUGUAACAUUUUGUAAUAUCGGCAGUGAGGAGUCGAGAAUCAAGGAUGGAGAUAUGUUUGCCCACCACCGCUUUCUUUUCUUUUCUUACUAAUAAUUUUUAUUAGUUUUCAAUUACUAUCCAAUAAUAGCCUCAUUAUAACAAUACCAAUUUAUAAUACAAUUAUUAAUACCAAUCGUUCAAAUACUGGGUCAUACAAUUUAGAUAGUGGCCCCCGCAUGCUAGAAUCGAUGGCUUGGUUAUUUUCUUUAUUUCUGCAUUCCAAAAUCUUAUUAAUUUCCAUUACAUUCCGGUCAUAAUAAUAAUCCCUUAUACAACAACUGCAAUAUUAAUAACUGUCAGUUUGCAUUUUCUUAGUGCAGAAAGAUCUUUCCUAUUCUAUUUAAUUCAAGAAGGUUCUGGAAGCUUCUCUGUGUGAAAGAAACAAGCAGAAGGUUCCUGAUGUUUGGGUUAUUCCUUCAGAGAAGCUGAGUCCAGCUGCCUUAAACUGGUUCUGUUUUCUUUUCUUUCUAUAAAAGUUGAGGCCAGAAGGAGCCUGGGUUUCUGUUUCUCUUUCUUUUCCUUCUAGUGUGCUGUUCUGUACAUAGUAUGCUUAGUGUGAAGGUUUAGACUUGUUAUAGGUUAUUGUAAGUUGAAGUCUGCAAGUGGAUUUCUUAUGGACUGUGCCAAACCUCAAUGUGUUGGAUUUGUGACCAUGAUGCUCAUUUGCCUUCAGUAGCAGUGAAGCUCUGCUGGAUGAAGUAUUCAUUGUCUCUGGUCUAUUUUGGGGGGAAUCCUGCAACGUGUUUGAGUUUUAUUGGCAAGACCCAGGAACUACAGUGGUACCUCGGGUUAAGUACUUAAUUCAUUCCAGAGGUCCAUUCUUAACCUGAAACUGUUCUUAACCUGAAGCACCACUUUAGCCAAUGUAACCUGAAGCGUAUGUAACCCAAGGUACCACUGUACAGCAUGUUUGCCUGCAACAAUGUGAACAAAUUUUUCUUCUGAAAGUCUAGCCCAGAGUAAACAGUUUCAGAACCACUGCAAUAGCCCUGCUUCUAUCUUCCUGACAGCCCCUGCCCCCUCUGGUCCCCUCGCCCC